AUGUCUGAGAAAAAUUGCGACAGCUUCAAGCGUCUCCCCUCGGGAAGCACAACCGAUACCGAAUCAUGCAAGAUGGGGGAGCGUGAAGGCGGUGCCGUGGCCUGGUUCACAGUCCUCGGGUCGAUCCUUGUUUACUAUGCCUCAUUCGGAGUCAUGAAUAGCUUUGGUUUCUUCCAGAACUUCUACCAUACCGAGUUUCUCCACGAGACACCCUUGUCCCAGAUUGCCCUUAUAGGUACCAUGCAAAUGGCACUCAUGAAUUCCCUUGCUGUAGUCUCUGGUGCUCUGUGCGAUCUAUAUGGAGUCAAGGUUAGCAUAUGUUCUGGAAGCCCAAGACUGAGCCUUCCAUUGACACAACUAGUAUUUGUACGCUGGUUCUGGUGCAGGGACAAUAUCGGCUUUGAUUCUGCUUUCUUUUCUUCAACCGAACCGAUUUUGGGCCGUCUUUAUGACGCAAGGCCUGUUGAUGGGCUUAACUAUAGCGUUUGGAGUUCAGCCGGCGCUGACAGUCGUCGGCCAACACUUCAAGGAGAGACGAGCUCUAGCCAUGGGGCUUGUGACGACAGGUUCCGCUCUAGGUGGAAUCGGAUUCCCCUUGAUGUUCGAGAGAUUACUGCCCAGUGUUGGCUUCUCAAAUGCCUUGCGCCUAGCUUCUGUGAAGAUUGGGUAAGUGGUGGUACGUGUUGGAAAUCUAUCAUUCGGGGCUAA